UCACGGACGUGAAAAAAGGGCACGGGAUGUUCUAACAAGAGAACCCGAGUCGUUCGAAGUGUCGUGCGAUAGUGACAAAAUAUAAGUUGCAUUGCAAUUCGAAAAAAACUUUGCACAUAAUCGGUUCCGUACAGUUCGUUUCUUUGCGCAAAGGAUGAGUGUAGUUGGUAAAAAGUUAUCGACGAUUUCAACAGCUCCCUCUGGGACAGCAUCUGGCGAUGGUGCUGGGGGCGCAGCUUCACCCACCAACAAUCCUCCACCGCCAAAAGUGAUCAGUCCUGAGUAUGUGCUAAAGUUGAACAAAAUAACCGACGAUUAUUUGUGCUCUCCGGAUGCAAACAUUUACGACAUCGAUUUUACCCGAUUUAAAAUACGUGACAUGGAAAGUGGAGCAGUGCUCUUUGAAAUUGCCAAACCGUCCGCGAGUGAAUCAGUCCAAAGCACUGAUACCAGUUCGGUUCCAGUUGAGAGGGGCAAUCAUGUUGCGUCUGGUAAUGAGGACCACGUCAACGAGGAGGAAGAAACACUUGAACCGAAUGCGGGGCGAUACGUCCGAUAUCAGUUUACACCACAGUUCCUGAAGCUAAAAACUGUGGGAGCCACAGUGGAAUUCACAGUUGGCAGCAAGUGUGUGAAAAAUUUCCGAAUGAUCGAGCGACACUUUUUCCAGGAUCAACUCCUGAAAACGUUCGACUUUGAGUUUGGAUACUGCAUCCCUUUCUCGAAGAAUACGUGCGAACAUAUUUAUGAAUUUCCAACCAUCCCACCGGACCUAGUGAAUGAGAUGAUUAUGAAUCCGUUCGAGACCCGAUCAGAUAGCUUCUACUUUGUCGAUAACUGUCUGGUAAUGCAUAACAAGGCAGACUACGCGUAUAACGGUGGUCUGUGAGCUUAUCAAUAAGGAAUGACACUGAAAGGAUUUAUCGAUUUAUAUUUUCUACAUUUGAGUGAUUUAUUAAAAUUUAAAAUUCAAAAACAUUAUCUCUAAGAAAGGAAUGUAACGAAGAACCCUAGCGCCGAUGGAAGGUAAUUGAAUGAAAUGUGAUGUUCAUAACGAUUUUAAAAUGCGAGACAUCUUAUAAAACAAGGAAUGCUUUAGUGCGAAUCAAGAUCUUAUCCUAUCCGAAUAAAUAGGAACACAAACAGAAAAGACGCUACUAAGAAGAGAUGUAACGUAAUAUUAAGCUAGUCUACAUCAAAUUUUGUUAUCUACAGGAAGAAAAAAAAACUAAAAGUAUGGAACUAAUCAAAUCACCUUUCUUGCCUUAAUUAUUUGUUGUCACUAAUUAGGAGUAAUGUUCUCAUCAUACAAAAAAUAGGAACAACAGUUCAAAGGAAGCAAACGGCGCAUGAAUAGCUUCGCAGUGCUUAAUGAGCUAUUUAAUUUCUCCUGAGUUUUCGAUCAGUCGGCCGUUAUAAACGGCAUAAAGAGAAUGAAGAGGCAGAA